AAUAAGCGCGCGCGGUGCGGGCAGGCGGUCAGUCACUCGCUCAGUCGCUCGCGCGGUCGCUCGCUCAGUGCUGCUGGCAAACGGCGAGAGCAGGAGCCGUGACAUCGUCACCACGAGCUGUUUAACUCAGGACGCUGCGACGGGACUUUUCUCUUUUUUUAAGACCCACUGUUACGCGGUCUGGACUUGUAAAUAAAUACGAAAAGCACGCGCAGCGCUGUCUGCCACUGAAGACUGAACACUCGCGAAGGAUUUCUCUUCUUUUUCCACGGUUUUCGGGGAUAUUGCAGCAAAAGAUGCCGGCUGACAUGAUGGAAAAAAACUCUUCAUCCCCGGUGGCCGCGACCCCGGCGAGCAUGAACACCACGCCGGAUAAGCCCAAGACAGCCUCCGAGCACAGAAAGUCGUCCAAACCCAUUAUGGAGAAAAGGAGACGAGCCAGAAUCAACGAAAGCUUGGGACAACUCAAAACGCUAAUCCUGGAUGCUCUGAAAAAAGAUAGCUCCAGACACUCGAAACUGGAGAAGGCGGAUAUCCUGGAGAUGACUGUGAAGCACCUCCGAAACAUGCAGCGAGCACAAAUGACUGCUGCUCUGAACACAGAUCCCACCGUUCUUGGAAAGUACAGGGCUGGAUUCAGCGAGUGCAUGAACGAGGUUACCCGAUUCCUGUCCACCUGCGAAGGGGUUAAUGCCGAGGUCAGGACGCGGCUGCUGGGUCACUUAGCCAACUGCAUGACGCAGAUCAACGCCAUGAACUACCCCACGCAGCACCAGAUAGCUGCUGGCCACCCGCACCCGACCUUCGCCCAGCCCAUGGUUCAGAUCCCCGGUGGAACACCACAGGCCAACGUGCUGCCUCUCAGUGGAGUACCCUGCAAAAGUGGGUCCUCAUCCAACUUGUCACCCGAAGCCACCAAGGUGUACGGAGGAUUCCAGCUCGUACCAGCAACAGAUGGACAGUUUGCCUUUUUGAUUCCCAACGCCGCGUUUGCACCCAGUGGUCCUGUAAUCCCAGUAUAUGCCAACAACUCCAGCACACCCGUUCCAGCGGCAGUAUCUCCAGGCGCACCUUCAGUCACCUCAGACUCUGUGUGGCGGCCUUGGUAGACCUUAAAAGACUCCUAAAAAGAGACUUCUAAAAAAGACUCUUAACUGUUGACACUUGUUCUGUUCGUUUAAACGUUUUAUUUCUUAUUUUGGUCUUUUUGUAUGGAAAUGUGUUUAAGAAGAGAUUUAUGCACUAUAUUUGUACAGCGCAAAAGGGAGAAAAGUUCAUAUUGAAAUAAGAUUUGUAUUGUUGAUGUUUGUUCAUUGCAUUUUUUUAUAUUUGCGGUAUCUUUUCUAACGUUGAUGCCAAAGAUAUGUUGAAUGCUUUUGCAGAAUUCUUCGUUUUGGAAGAUUAAUAAAUUUGUAAAAAAAAAAAAA